AUGGAGUCCUUCAGCUUCCUCAAGUACCUGCGCGGCGGCGUGGUGGCCGGCGCCCAGCGCGCGCCCGCGGUCGCAGCCGCCACCACGACCAUCGCCGCGUCGGCGUCGGCGUGCGAGGACGGCGGGGGCGGGGACGGCAACGACGACGACGCCUCCUUCUUCGACCUCGAGCUCGCCGUGCCCGGCGACGAGAGCGCCGCGUCCGACGCCGAGGAGGAGCGGGUCGAGUUCAACUUCGCCGUGGCCGCCGGCGAAGACGUCGUGGCGCCCGGGGCCGCCGAGGCGGUGGCCGUCGAUGCGCCGGCCGCGGAGGCGGAGACCGAGGCCGAGGCCGCGGUGGUCCCACCGCCGGCGACGCUGCUCCGUCCGGCCACCAGGUUCCGCGUGCUGCUGCUCAAGCUGAGGAAGCCCAAGGCCCCGGCGACGGCGGACGGUGCCGGGGCCACGCAGGCGCCGAGGCAGCAGCCGGCGGCGAGCCGGUUCCUGAUAAAGUUCCGGGUGGAGGACGCGCCGCUGGCGUCGCUCUUCACGCGCGACAACAGCUCGCGCACCUCGGACGCCGGCGUGGACCGUCCGGCCACCGCGGCGGCGGAGCCCCAGCAGCAGCAGCAGGAGGUGGCGGCGGCGUCGGCGUCGAUCACGGCGGAGGAGCGGCGCUUCGCGAAGGAGGUGGUCCUCCGGUACCUGAGCAAGAUCAAGCCGCUGUACGUGAAGGUGUCCCGGCGGUACGGCGAGCGCCUCCGCUUCGGCGGCACGGCGAGCGAGGGCGAGGAGACGGACGUGGAGCCCGACCCAUCCCCGGCGCCAUCACCCUCCCCGUCCCCGUCCCAGGCUCCGUCGUCAGCGACAGCCUUGGCGGCGACGGCCCCGGCCCCUGCGCCGCAGCCGGUGGUGGUGGCCUGCGGCGUGCGCGCGCCCCGCGCCAGCGUGCCCGCGGGUCUGAAGCAGGUGUGCAAGCGCCUCGGGAAGAGCCGGUCGGCGUCGUCCGCGGUGGCCGCGGCGCCCUCGCCGGGCGCCCAUGCCCCCGCGGCGGCGGGGACGGGCCCGCAGCCGCAGCGGCGGGACGACUCGCUGCUGCAGGUGCAGGACGGCAUCCAGAGCGCCAUCGCCCACUGCAAGCGCUCCUUCAACGCGUCCAAAGGGUCGGAGUCGCCGCCGCCGCUGUCCAUGACGAUGACGAUGACGACGACGGGCGGCGAGGAGAGGGCGGCCGGCGCCGGCGCCGGCGCCGGGGAAGGCGCGUGA